AUGAACGGCGGCCCAUCUGGUUUCAACAAUGCACCAAUUACAAAAACAUUUGUUAUUGCAAGCGCCAUCUUUACCGUUUUCUUGGGGAUCAAAGGUGGCUCUAACAAGCUUGGAUUAUCGUAUCAGGAUAUUUUCAGGAAUCCACGUCUCUGGAAGUUAAUUUUCUCAGUUUUUGCCUUUUCAUCUACACCAGAAAUGAUGUUUGGACUAUAUCUUCUUUACUACUUCAGGGUCUUUGAGAGACAGAUUGGUUCCAACAAGUACUCGGUCUUUAUUUUAUUCUCUGUGAUGGUUUCAUUGCUCUUUGAGGUCUUUGCUGUUGCACUCCUUAAAGAUCCCUCAGCCAACCUUCUGACAUCAGGACCUUAUGGUCUUAUAUUUGCUUCAUUUAUUCCCUUCUACUUUGACAUUCCAAUAUCAACUCGGUUUCGAAUCUUUGGCGUCCACUUUUCUGAUAAGUCUUUCAUAUAUCUAGCCGGUGUUCAGCUCCUUUUAUCAUCCUGGAAAAGAUCAAUCUUGCCUGGGAUAUGUGGUAUCCUUGCUGGUUCCUUGUAUCGUCUGAAUCUCUUUGGCAUCCGCAAGGCAAAGUUACCCGAGUUCAUAGCUUCAUUCUUCUCGCGGCUUUCUUGGCCUCGUAUGAGCAGUCCGCGUGGAGCAACUACUAGGAAUGUAACAGGAAGUACAGGAAGUCCAUCAACCUAUGCUGGUCGUCAUGUGGAGAGAAUCCAUCCUGCUCCUGUGGCUCCUUCCACGGAGCCAACAGAAGAUGCCAUUACCACUAUGGUUUCUAUGGGCUUUGAUAGGAACUCAGCUAGACAGGCUCUUGUGCAGGCUAGGAAUGACGUGAAUACAGCUACCAACAUCCUUAUUGAAGCGCAGUCCCACUGA